AAUUUCCGACAGUCCCUGAAGACACCACCUCCUCCUCCCGGCAGCAGCAGCCGCUAUCCGCAUCAAGCAGCUUUCAUUCAGUGUGCGGCCGCUGAGCAGAGAACAACAGGCUACCUCCAUCCUCUCAGUCCGCUGAUGCUGCACAGCUAUGUGGCAAAGGAAAUAUUUAACCCAGGCUGCUGUCUAACAAAGAGCCAUAAAAGUCAACAUCAACAUGUGACAUCAUCGUUUUCUUAUUGGUAACAUGUACAGUUUAAUUCCCCAGGACAACUUGUGCUGAACAAAACCCUCCCUAGAAAAGCUCAGCUUUAAAAGACAAGUGUCCAUAUGUGCACCGGUUACUGAUGGACCUGUUACCACGGAUACCAGGAUCCAACUUCAGCUGCUCCAUGUCUUCAUCAGACCACGACGAGACAGGGAGCGAUCUGUCCGAGUCCAUGGAGGUCUCUGAGCUCCAGGACCAGUAUGUAUCCACAGAGAACUACUUCAAGUCCAAAAGUUUACCCAUCCUGAAUGGACCAUGCGAGCAGGGUGGCAGCUCCUCUGCACAACCUCAGCAUGUCGGCACAAACUGCACCUGUGUGGCCGUGGAAGAGAACCGGGUGCUCCAACUGAAGACCCCAGAGUCCAGCCAGGCGGAGUCCCCCUCCUCAUGGACGGACUUUUCUCCCUCAGUGUCCAGCAUGGUGGGGCUAAGCAGCUCCAUGCCGGUGGAGGGCCACAGGCCCUCAGGCUCCAGAGGCAGAAAACUUGGUUUCUCUCUCAGCCGGUUUAUCCAAAUCCCAGCCAGGAAGUGUGUGCAGAUUAUCCUGAGCGAUUCACGUUGCUUCUUGUUCUGCAUGUGUUACCUGACCUUCAUCCAGUCCCUGAUGGUUUCGGGCUACCUGAGCAGUGUCAUCACCACCAUUGAGAAGCGUUACAGCCUGCGCAGCUCCGAGUCCGGCCUUUUGGUCAGCUGCUUCGACAUCGGUAGCCUGCUGGUGGUUGUUUUUAUCUCUUACUUCGGUGGCAGGGGUCAGAGGCCACGCUGGCUCGCUGUGGGCGGCGUCGUGAUAGCCAUAGGGGCGGCAAUGUUCUCCCUGCCACAUUUCAUCUCCCCGCCUUACCAGAUCCAGGAGAUGAACUCCUCAGCGGGCCACGAAGGCCUCUGCCAAAGCGAAAAUGGCAGCAGGCGGGAACUGGAAGUGGCAUUGUGCCCCCGAGAUCAGGAGGGCAAUGAGCACAACCUGUACGUGGCACUAUUCAUCUGUGCCCAGAUACUCAUUGGCAUGGGGUCGACACCAAUCUACACCCUGGGUCCCACCUAUCUGGAUGACAACGUGAAGAAAGAAAAUGCUUCUUUAUACCUGGCCAUCAUGUAUGUGAUGGGAGCACUGGGACCUGCUGCUGGCUAUCUGCUGGGAGGCGUCCUUAUUGGCUUCUAUGUUGACCCCAAAACUGUGGUGAAAAUUGACCAGAAUGACCCUCGCUUCGUUGGCAACUGGUGGAGCGGCUUCCUCCUCUGUUCCAUAGCCAUGCUUCUGGUCAUUUUCCCCAUGUUUGCCUUCCCCAAAAAGCUGCCUCCACGCCACAAGAAGAGAAAGAAGAAGAAGAAAAAGAUGAGCUCAAGGGGUGAUGUGUCCAGUGAUGAUGAUGUGAUGAAGGAAAAGUGUAGCAGCAAAGGCCAAAAUGUGUCCUCUAUGGGAUUUGGAAAAGACAUCAAAGACCUCCCCAAAGCUGCUCUGAGGAUCCUCAGCAACAUGACGUUUCUGUUCGUCAGCCUGUCCUACACAGCCGAGUGUGCCAUCGUCACGGCCUUCAUCACCUUCAUUCCUAAAUUUAUCGAGUCACAGUUUGGCAUUCCUGCCUCCAAAGCCAGCAUCUACACAGGUUUAAUCAUCGUCCCCAGCGCUGGUGUGGGCAUUGUCCUGGGAGGCUACAUCAUCAAGAAGCUGAAGCUUGGCGCGAGGGAGUCUGCAAAACUGGCCAUGAUCUGCAGCGGAGUGUCCCUGCUCUGCUUUUCAACACUUUUCAUUGUGGGCUGCGAGAGCAUCAAUCUAGGAGGCAUCAACAUACCCUACACCACUGGUCCGACGCUGACCAUGACCCACAGGAACCUGACAGGCAGCUGCAACGUAAACUGUGGUUGCAGGAUCCAUGAAUACGCUCCGGUCUGCGGCUCCGACGGCAUCACCUACUUCAACCCCUGCCUGGCUGGAUGCAGCACUGUCGGCAAUGACAGCACUGGGAUUAGAAACUACACGGACUGUGGCUGUGUUCAGAGCCGACAGGUCAUCACUCCGUCCUCCGGUAGCCAGGUCAACCAGCUUCAGCUGGUCAUCGUCAAAACAUACCUGAAUGAGAACGGCUACGCCAUGUCGGGGAAGUGCGACCGGACCUGUAACACGCUCAUCCCAUUCCUCAUCUUCCUCUUCAUUGUCACACUCAUCACCGCCUGUGCCCAGCCCUCAGCAAUCAUUGUUACGCUCAGGUCCGUUGAUGAACAGGAGAGGCCUUUUGCUCUUGGGAUGCAGUUUGUUUUGCUUCGAACUCUUGCCUAUAUACCCACGCCCAUCUAUUUUGGUGCUGUGAUUGACACCACCUGCAUGCUGUGGCAGCAGGACUGCGGCGUCCACGGAUCCUGCUGGGAGUAUGAUGUUACCUCGUUCCGCUUCGUCUACUUCGGCCUGGCUGCCAGCCUCAAGUUCGUCGGCUUCAUCUUCAUCUUCCUCACCUGGUACUCGAUCAAGCACAAGGAGGCGCAAGCCGAGCGCUGGCACCAGCACCUGCCUCCUCUGGGCACGGUCAGUGAGCUCGUCUGCCACGUCGGCGGCCGGAAGAGCCAUGCCCGCACCCGCUCCUGUCCUGUGUUCAUCCUGCCUCGGCCCGACGCGCCGGUGGGAAUGCUGCUCGACCGCGGCCACAGCAGCCUGAGCUGCCCGGGCAACGGGCUCAAAGCAAUACCUCCUCCAAUCUUGCUGCCGCACCACCACAGAGGCUCGGCCCACGUCUGAAGGGGUUUUGUUCGUCGUGACAUGUGCCUUCUUGUUUGUUUUUCUGCACAACACGGCGUCUGCUUUAUUCUGUACUGACAAGUGCGCCCACCGUACCUAAAGGGCUGGUCAUCGAUUCUUGGGAGAAACUGAGCAUAUCAUCAGCUGCAGCCACACUGGAUGGGCGAUGUAAGAACAUUUAACUGGUGCUACUGUUAACAGACAGGGCAUUAUAACCUCUGUACAUACAGAAGAGUCAUCAACACUGCGUCUAAAGCACAACAAACACUCUGUACUAUGCAAAAAUCUACAUAUUGCUCCUUUCCUCUCAAUCCACCUUCACACACCUUGUUGUUUUUCCAGAGAUGUUUCUUCUGGACUUGAGCCUGUCUUGUCUUGGUGGUUCACAGUUCUCUCAGAUUAUUUCUGUUUUUUGUUUCCUUAACAGUGCCUCUCAGGCUGUUACGGCCAGUCCAGUACACAAAUCUGGCUGUCAGGGUUAAUAUUAGCGAAAUCAAAAGAUCGCCUUCACCAUCUUAAUCAUGUAGCUUAAAGCAGAUAAGCACCAAUAAUAAGUCACUAAAUGAUAUUAUCCAAGCAGAAAACUAAAGUAAAAAAUUUUUUCUGAAAAUGUGCUAAAGCUACUGUAAAAUCCUGAAGAUGUGAAAGCAGGUCUGGAAAAAGUGGCAUCAUUUUUGGGUUUGUAUUUAUAAAAGCGCCUCCAUUCCAGCGGUCAUUAGAUGUACAUAGUUAUUUAGCUGUCUAGACUUUUAAAAGAUAUUGCGCAGCAGAGCAUGACCCUAAAUAUCCAGAGAGGAAGGAUUCAGUCGUUGGUUGUUUGGUGCCAUCUAGUGGACAAAAGGUUUUUUGUAAAGAUCCAGUGAAUGUUGACGUUUUCAGAAUUUUCUGUAUGUUUGAGAAAUCAUGGUUGCAAAAAGCUGUUCAAAAUUAAAAAUUUCUCUAACCUAAA